GGGCGCGGUGUCAGAGUGCAAAUUAUCGAGAGCAGUCGCUUGCCCGACGUCGCGCCGGACCCACGUCCCUCAUGGCGUCCCUCAAGAUUAUUGCGCUGUCCGCGUUCUGCUUCCAGCUGGCGCUUCUCUCGGAACCGCCGUGCGUGAUGGAGCUGGAGUGCGCGGAGUGCGUGCCGGAGAACAUGCCGGUGGUGACGUCGCACCGCGCGGCCAACGGGUCGGUGCGCGCGCGCGCGGGCGAGGAAGCUCGCGCUGGCGUGCGCGGGCGGCAAGUUCUCGCCUACCCGCUGCACGAGUCGCUGCGCGCCGUGUGCGAGGCGGGCCGCUACCGCGUGGCGCUCGACCGCAAGCUGCGGCACCUGCUCGAGCUCGGCUGCCAGGAGAGCGUGUUCGAGGACGUGCUGCACCAGGUAGACCGAUGUGGAGCUCCGUAUCAGGGGCGAGCGUACCAGAUGCGGGAGCCGAUCACGGGCACGGUGCGGCACCUGGCGACCGUCUGCUACGACGAAGACCGCGCCGUGGCCAUCAGGAUGCACGUCACCAACGCUGCCAGGAACCACCUACAACUGCCGCCGCACGAGGACCACACCGCGCCGCUCAGCCUCCUUGGAAACUUCAACCACAUGUUCGACGCGAAAACCCGCCAUGACGCAGAGAAACUGUAUUCAGAUGACGCGAGAAUGAACCGGCGGCUUCACGAGUUGUUCAAGCACGAUAAAUACUCGUUCGCCGCACAGAAACUCACGUCAGCCAACCUGCUCAGCAAACACUACUUCGAAGAUCAGAACAUGCGCGUGACCGACUUCGUGUCAAACAAAGUGGCGGUGUGGGAGUCGGUGGCGGAGGGCAACCUGCGGCACCUGCAGCGGGACGUGGCCAAGCUGCUGGAGAUGGCGCGGCCGCACGAGGAGCUGGAGGUGUACGCGGGCACGCACGGCGUGCUGUCGCUGCGCACGGGCCACGCGCGGGCGGAGGUGUUCCUGCGCGCGGCGCGGCGCUUCCCCGUGCCGCGGUUCGUGUGGACGGCGGUGGUGGCGCGGGCGCGGCGCGCGGGCGUGGCGCUGGUGCUGCUCAACGACCCGUUCGUGGCGGUGAGCGAGGUGCGCGCGGCGGUGUUCUGCGACAGCGCGUGCGGCGGCGUGGCGUGGCUGCACGAGCUGCGCCGCCACCGCAACUACGAGUGCCCGCUGCAGGGCCUCGUGUUCUGCUGCCAUCUGCACAACUUCACCAGCGUCGUGUCCGAGAUGCCGCUCGACGAAGUGCAGGUCGACGCCGGGGUCGCCGGCAUGCUCAAUAAUAACCUCUUUGUUUAGAACUAUUUUACUAAAAUACGGACUCCUUAUCGGGUUCACCUAUUAAAAUAUCAAUGUCGCGAAAGAAAUGUCGUUAUCGCAAGCUUUUUCUGUUCAAGAAAAUUAAGUAUUGAAAUACUUACAAUAUAAUAUCAACAGUUUGUUCAAUAAAAGAAACAAUAUUAUAUUUUUAAAA